UAUGAGACUUACAUACUUCUGGUUCCCUGGUUCCAGUUUAUGAAGUUAGUAUAUGUAUAAAAAUAUAUGUCAGCAUAUAUAUACUUUAUUUGACAAGUGCCCAAAAAUACAGAUUACUUUUUUUCCAUAAAACUUUAGAGUUAGGAACAUAAGGGUUACCUUGUCCAUGUUCUCAUUUUGCCAAUAAGGACACAAGCACUAGAGCUUAUGGGUGGUAAAGGCAGGAUGGAACCCAGGUAUUUUGACUUCCCAUCCAGUACUCUUUCCAUGAAUACUCUCCCUUUUGGGUGAAUAAUUUACAGUAUUUUUCAGGACUUUCUGCAUCAAAUUUUCCAACCCUGUGUCUAUUAGGAACUGAACUGAACAGCAAUAUAACAAGGGGAUCCUACCCUAAUCCUAUACAUCCACACCUACCCAAUAGCAAAAUUGGCAUGAUCUAUUGCAAACCCAGCCCUAACAGGUCUGGGUUGGGCCCCUCUGAGGGUCCCCAUCUUUCAUCACUCCGUGGACAGACACAAGCACCUGUAUGGGAGGCAGAAAACAGCAGAAAGAGACUGGCAUUUUACAGUCUGGGCAAAUUACUUAAUCUCUCUGAGCCUCAGUUUCCUUCUCUGUAAUCUGAGCAUAGCAAUACCUACUCAGAGUUGAGAGUGUCUACACAUAGUAGAUAUUCAACAAAUGUCCAUUUCUGCCUCUGCACCUCAGCCCCAUUUCCAGGGCUGCACCAUCAAUACUUCAUUAAGAUUCUCUUCAUAGACAACAGUAUAGUGAUUGCUAGAGGGAAAGGGGGUGGGGGAGGUAGAUGGGGGUAAAAGGGAAUAAAUGGUGAUGGGAAAUGACUUUGGGGUGGUGAACACAUAAUACACAAUACAGAUUCUGUAUUACAGAACUGUGCACCUGAAACCUAUAUAAUUUUAUUAACCAAUGUCACCCCAAUACAUUAAAAAAAUUUGUAAAGGAUUCCCUUGGUGGAUGAUCCUCAGUAAAUGUUUAGUUCCCCUAGCUUCUCAAAAUGCUUCUGUUUCCUUUCCUCCACCCCCAACAACAUACUUAACAAAGGCUUAGGAAUGCAAAGUCAUCAUCACAUUGCCCAAAUCUUGCAGAAAGAUUUACCUCACUUGAAUCAGUGAGGUAAAGGCCCUGAAUGGGCAUUCCGAAUGCAAGGGGUGUGCUUUGCCAAUUUCUUGAUAUUUAGCAUGACCUGCCUCUUGGAGAUACUGGUGUGUUGGCUGGAAUUGAGCUGCAGUCUUCCAAGAUCCUAGAGACUAGGAAAGGCCCAGGAACAAGCCCUGACUUGUCCAGCUCAGUUGGUUGGGCAUCAUUCCAGAAAGCAAAAGGUUGCAGGUUCAUUUCCCAGCCAGGGCAUAUGCCUGGGUUAUGCAUGUGAAAGGCAACUGGUGUCUCUCUCCUCUCUUUCUCCCUCCCGUCUCCUCUAAAAAUAAAAUCUUAAAAAAAAAAAUAGACCCAGAAACUAGGGGGUGAGGGGCAAGACUGAAGAAGGGUCCUACUCUGCCAGCCUCCCUCUUGCCUCCUUUCCAGUGUCUUCCUACAGACUGUUCUAAGAUCCAGUUCUGACCAAGCGAGUCCUUCCUUAAAGCAGCUUACAUCCCACGCUCCUUAGCUAAGCCACAGUGUUAAGCCUCCCCUCCUUUUUAGAAUCUCCUACCAACUCCCAAGUUCUGCCUAUUAAAAUGUUUUUCAACCCUCAAACUUUAGACUAAAUGCCCACCUCUUCCAGGAGAUCCCCUGCCUGCCCUCCAUCAGAGGGAGGCACUGCUACUUCAGUUUACCCAGUAUUUGAUUUCUGAUCUGAUCCAGUGAACUGUCUUCAUGUCUGUCCCCUACACUCUGAAGAUAAUUGAGAACCCCAAAGAACUUUUUGUUUGCAUGGGUUAUAUCUAUUAAUAUUUACCAUAUUAAAACUAGAACCCUUUACACACUAAGAUAUUUUUUCAGCAAAAUAACUACAUUUUCCAAAUAAAAAAGAAAUUAGUAAGAAGGGUAGCACUGUUUUACAUUUUUUCAAAUCUCAUUAAUGCCUGGCUUAACAGAAGACAACUGUACUCUCAUCUCCUGCUGCACGCAAUGUGUCCCAAUAGCACACAACGUUCAGCCUCUAGAAAACUGUACUGUAUACUCACAACUGAGAGUGAAAAUAAUGUCAGUGUUGUUAUAAAAAUACAUUUGAGGCCCUGGCUGGUGUAGCUUAGUGGAUUGAGCUCGGGCCUGUGAAGCAAAGGGUCACCGGUUCGAUUCCCAGUCAGGGCACAUGCCUGGGUUGCAGGCCAGGUCCCCAGUGGGGGACACGUGAGAGGCAACCACACACUGAUGUUUCUCUCCCACUCUUUCUCCUCCUCUCUCUAAAAAUAAAUAAAUAAAAUAUUAAAAAUAAUAAUAAAUAAAAAUACAUUUGACCCCUCAAAUCCUCAAUGCAGUCCACAUCUGAGGGUCCCAAAAAGGCUUGACCCUUAGACAAAAGCAGCCUGAGGCCCUACAGGGAGGGGGUGAAUGGAGUAGAACUUGGGAGUUGGGGCAAUCACCCAAGUACAAGAACUGCCUUAGGAUCACAGAAGCUGUCUCCUUUGUUUCUUUUCUUCCCACUGAGUUCCCCAACUUUCUUCCUCCUUUAUACCUUGGCUCUAGUGUAGAGUGAGAGAAGGGCAUCAGAAAAAGCACACUUUGGAUUCACCUAGUCCUACAUUCACCUGUUUCUGUGUCUCACGAGCUGUGUGAAUUUGGGGAACCCCGUUACUUAAUUCUCGAAGCCUUAGUGCCAUCAUUUGAAAAAUAGUUGUGCUGCCUCACAGAGUGACUAAAAGAGAGAAACUGCAUGUAAGACCUCUUGACCGGGUCCUAACACAUAACAGACAUUCUACAGAUGGCAGCUGGAAAUAUUAUGCUGUCUCCCUACCUCCGGCCUGGCCUGAUUCUCAUCCUGUACAUGGCUAACACAAAUCAGAUUAACCAUCCCUUGCCUUUUCCCCUGAGGACAGCUGGGCCAGGCGGAGAAUUUCCAAGAGAACUUCACUGAUGGAGAAAGAGGCAUGAUGUGAUCUCGUUUGCAGAGCAUAAGUACCCUAUCCUGCAAUAACAGACAGCACCAACUGCCAGAUUCCAUAGCCCCUCUGAGUAGCCUGUCCUGAACAACCCUGUCUAAGGCCUUGCACACCUUCUCCUUCACCUCCGCCUUUCUCUUGUAGCCUGAGGGGUCGCAGGAAGUAGCCAAGUUUCCCCACUCUUGGCAGCACAGACAUAACAGCCUAUACGUACCAUAUUCUUCCUAUAAUGGCUUAUUUCCUUGUCCUGGACAUACAGGUGCUUUAACAGGGGCCUUCCACAGACCCAGGCUUGGCUAAUGCCCCAAGCAUCCUAAGGGGGAGGGACCGUGAACAGCUGGUUUUGUCCAGGGCUGUUAGGACUCACAGGCCUUGAAGCUGCCAAACCCUUACACUCAACUUCUAUGACUUCCUCAUGCUUGCAAAACAGCCCCCAUUGUCCCCCUUCCCUCCCAGCACUCCUCACAUGCUCACUCAGUACACACUUGGUCAUACCCCCACACAGAGAGCACCUAGUGUCCUCCAAGCUCUCAGACACUACCUGUGCCUUUAUAGACCGCUGCCUUGCACCAGGGUAUUGACCUUAGCAUUCUCAGCUGAGCUGGAUUAAGGGACCAUUUCAUGCCUUUGCAAAUUCCUUCUGGCUGCUGCGCUUUCCCCCACACAAAGCCAAAGUAGCCAGGACCCUGAGCCAGUCUGCCUAUUGUAGCCUGAGAGCUGGUCUAGUCUGGUAGCCCAUUCUCUCAGGAGGCACAGGCUAUCCCUUUGAUAGGGGCUUUGGGGUCAGGGAGUGGGCCCUUGGGGGUCUUGGGCUUUUGCAAGGACUCCAGAAAGCCAUGCAGAGACUUGAGCCAUGAAAGACUGCUCAGAUAUGAUCCUGUGUGUGGAGUCGGCAGAACUGAGCAAGACUGAAUUCUGCAAUCCUGCUUUUGAGCCUGAAUCAGGGUCACCUUGCUCUCCACUGGCCUUUCAGGAGGAUGCCCGCUGUAGCAUCCGAGCUCCCUGGCAUGGUUGGCGUCCCCGAGGUCUGCAGCCAGACUGCCAUUUCUCCUGGCUGUGUGUCCUACUGUUGGCCAGCUUGCUGCUCCUGCUGCUGGGGCUGCUGGUGGCCAUCAUCCUGGCCCAGUUACAGGCCGUAUCACCAUUGGGGGCCUCCUACAAUCCACUGCCUGCCAGAGGCCUCACCACCACUGGCACUUCCCCUACCAUGACCACUACCAGCUCUCAGGCAACUGGGACCCCUCAAAGGCAGCAGGAGGCAGGCAUGAGACCCACACCCCAGUCCACCUGUGGAGGCCUCCUUCCUGGACCAAGUGGCUUUUUCAGCAGCCCCAACUACCCAGGCCUUUACCCACCCAAUGCCCACUGUGUGUGGCACAUCCAGGUGUCCACAAACCAUACUAUACAGCUCAAGAUUGAAGCUCUCAGCAUAGAGAGUAUGGCCUCCUGUCUUUUUGAUCGCUUGGAAAUCUUCCUCGAGCCCGAUGGCCCCCUCCUCAGAGUAUGUGGGAGGGUGCCUCCUGCCACACUAAAUACCAAUGCCAGUCACCUCCAGGUGGCCUUCGUUUCUGACAGCAGUGUGGAAGGAUUUGGUUUCUAUGGCUGGUACCAGGCUGUGGCUCAUGGACAUGGUGAGUGUUUUCCCACCGUGUCCCAGCUACAUGUCAGUGGUCUACUUUACUCCCCUCCAGUCACUCCCAGGACUGGCAAAAUGGCUAGAGAUUCUGGUGUUUCUGAAUUCAGAUGCCUACCCCCCAAUCCAGGAAACUGUGCCCAUGAUGAGUUCCCCUGUGACCAGCUCAUCUGCCUGCUAUCUGACUCAGUGUGUGAUGGUUUUGCCAAUUGUGCUGAUGGCAGUGACGAGAACAACUGCAGUGCCCAGUUCUCAGGAUGUGGGGGGAAUCUGACUGGGCUCCAGGGAAAUUUCUCUACUACCAGCUACCUGCAGGAGUACCCUCACCAAAAGCUUUGCACUUGGCAUAUCUCAGUUCCUGCUGGACAUGGCAUAGAACUACAGUUCCACAACUUCAGCCUGGAAGCUCAAGAAGAGUGCAAGUUUGACUAUGUGGAGGUGUAUGAGACCAACAACUCAGGGGCCCUCAGCCUCCUGGGCAGGUUCUGUGGAGCACAGCUACCCCCUCGCCUCGUCUCCUCACAUCACCAGCUGGCUGUACUCUUUAGGACAGGUCAUGGCAUCAGCAGCAUGGGCUUCUCAGCCAUCUACCGGGCCCUCAAUGCCACAGAGAACCCCUGUGGACCCCAAGAAUCCUCCUGCCAGGAUGGAGGAUGCAAGAGUUUACAGUGGAUGUGUGACACAUGGAGAGACUGCACAGACAGCAGUGAUGACAAGUGCAGCAGCCCCUUGUUCCCAUUCCCAGAGAUGGCCUGUGAGCCCAUUCGAGUGGAGAUGUGCAUCGGACUAAGCUACAACACCACAGCCUUCCCUAACAUCUGGGUGGGCAUGGCCACACAGGAGGAGGUGAUGGAGGUUCUCAGAGGUUACAAGAGCCUGACAAAUCUAUCCUGCUACCAGAAUUUCCGGAGGCUCCUCUGUGGGCUGCUGGUGCCCCACUGCACCCCACUAGGCAGUAUUCUUCCUCCCUGCCGCUCUGUCUGCCAGGAGGCAGAGCACCAGUGCCAGUCUGGUCUGGCACUACUGGGUAUCCUCUGGCCUUUCGACUGCAACAGGCUGCCUGAGGCAGCUGGCCUGGGGUCUUGUGCCCAGCCCUGAUCCUGAAGUGGACUCCUCCUCUGCCUGCCCAUUCUCCUUUGCCUAUCAGGGUGGGCAGGCAGGGCAACAAAGGAAGGGGGACCAGCAUGGAACUUUGCCCAUCCUCUCUGGGGCCUCCCAAGAAGGGGAGAAAUCCUCAGCCGGGCUAAUGAGACCCUCCCACUCUCCCAGCUCCUUCCUCAGACCCAGUUGCCACUGGAAACAGGCCUGGCUCCAGGCUGUGCCAUUGACAACCUAGACUGUUUCCCAUCCAAACCCCUGUUUCCUAUCAACUGCCUUCUCUCCCUCUGCAACUGCUUUUCAAGGUUUCCUUUUCAUUUAUUCAGUGAAUCUCUAGUAAUGUGGCAGGCCUUGUCCUAAGUCCUGGGUACUCAGCUACCUGCCUCUAGAAUUCUCCUCCCUCAGUUCUCAGCUUAUAUUUCUCCUGGACUUGAGUCUUGUCCUUAGUCUCUGUCACUCACUCUCUCCUCUCGGCUCCUUGGAGC